AUGCAAAACGAUUUACAGUUGUCGACGAAUCCUUUCGUGCCUGGCGCAUCGAGCAAGAAAAGAAAGAUCGGCCCUCUCGGAUCGCAGCUGAAAAAGCAGCAAUCUUCUGCGUUUGAAGAGGAACUGCAACUGCUUGAAGAACAGAUGGAUAUCGAUAUCAAGACUGAAAACACAGAAGCUGUAUGGGGUCGGGCACCCAUGCCUGCAGUGAAUCCUGCAACGGAGAAGCUCGUUUUUCAGCAGAUCGAAGCCGAUGAGUACAUGGAUUAUCAAACAAGAAAACCCGUCAUUCGCUUUUAUGGUGUCACAGAACAUGGAAACAGCGUCGUGUGCCAUGUUCACGGUUUCUUGCCCUACUUUUACUUUCCAGCACCCGUGGGCUUGCAACGAACACAUCUACCUGCCGUCAAAGCGUCACUCGCGUCUGCCGUUGGCAAUUCGAAUGCUAUUGCCGACGUGACCAUUGCAAUGAAACAAAGCAUCUAUGGAUACCGUGGGGAGUCCAAGUCGCCUUUUGUAAAGGUCACUGUCUACGACCCAAGGGACAUCUCCAAAGUGAAAAAUUGCGUGGAACGUGGUGUGCAGAUCCCUGGAUUGGAUCGCAUGUGUCAAGCCGACACUACUUUCGAAAGCAAUUUAGCCUAUCUCCUUCGUUUCAUGAUUGAUUGCAAGGUCACUGGUUCCAAUUGGAUCGAACUACCUGCAGGCACUUAUUCCAUAGUAGAAAACCCUGUGUCUCAUGCUCAAGUAGAAGUUCGGACAACGUAUAAUCAGUUCAUCAGUCAUGCGCCUGAAGAUGAAUGGUCCAAAAUGGCACCCUUGCGCAUCCUGAGUUUCGAUAUUGAGUGUGCGGGAAGAAAGGGUAUUUUCCCCGAAGCAGAGCAUGAUCCUAUUAUUCAAAUCGCUUCGGUCGUCAAAGUACAAGGCGAAUCCAAGCCAUUCAUUAGAAACGUCUUUACUCUCAACAGUUGCGCGCAUAUCGUCGGCUCUCAAGUAUUAUCCUUUUAUGAUGAGCGCGAAUUAUUACAGAAAUGGCGCGAUUUCGUCACGGAGGUGGAUCCUGAUGUUAUCAUUGGAUAUAACAUCAACAACUUUGAUUUUCCCUACUUGCUGGACAGAGCCAAACAUCUGGGGGUCGCCAAAUUCCCCUAUUUUGGCAGAAUCAAAGGUCUCAAGACGGAAGUCAAGGAUACCAAAUUCUCUUCCAAAGCCUACGGUACGCGUGAAAGCAAAUCUAUCAACUUGGAAGGUCGAUUGCAACUCGAUUUGCUUCAAGCAAUUCAACGUGAUUACAAAUUGCGUUCGUACACUCUGAAUUCUGUUUGUUCUCACUUCUUGUCGGAACAAAAAGAGGAUGUUCAUCAUUCCAUCAUUACCGAGCUGCAAAAUGGCAACGAUGAGACACGACGUCGUCUGGCUGUGUACUGUUUGAAGGAUGCAUACUUGCCUCUACGUUUGAUGGACAAGUUAAUGUUGCUUUUCAAUUAUACCGAAAUGGCGAGAGUGACCGGUGUUCCGUUUAAUUACAUUCUCGUACGUGGACAGCAGAUCAAGGUUGUCUCCCAGCUUUUCCGUAGAGCACUGGAUCAGGAUCUCGUGAUUCCUGUCAUCAAGUCUGAAGUCACGGAAGAGCAGUAUGAGGGUGCCACCGUUAUUGAGCCAACCAAAGGCUACUACGACAUCCCUAUUGCCACACUCGAUUUUACCUCUCUGUAUCCGUCCAUCAUGCAGGCUCACAAUCUCUGUUACACUACGCUUCUGACCCCCAGCGUUGUGCAACAACUCAAUCUUGUCAAGGAUGUCGAUUACGUUGUGACGCCAAAUAAUGAUAUGUUUGUGAAAGCGUCAAGAAGAAAGGGAUUGCUUCCCGAAAUUCUGGGUGACCUUUUAGCCGCUCGUAAACGAGCCAAGAACGACUUGAAAAAAGAAAAAGACCCUUUCAAGCGCGCUGUUCUGGAUGGCCGACAAUUGGCGCUAAAGAUCAGUGCCAAUUCGGUUUACGGUUUUACCGGUGCCACAGUGGGAAAACUGCCGUGUCUCCAGAUUUCAUCCAGUGUCACAGCGUAUGGUCGUCAAAUGAUUUUCAAAACAAAAGAGACCGUGGAGAGUCAUUUUUCUAUUCGCAACGGUUAUAAGCAUGAUGCCAAAGUUAUCUACGGUGACACUGAUUCUGUCAUGAUCAAGUUUGGCGUUGACAAUCUGGAGGAAGCCAUGAAACUGGGUGAAGAAGGCGCUAAACUGGUGACGAAGGAAUUUAUCAAACCGAUCAACCUUGACUUUGAGAAAGUGUACUUCCCUUAUUUACUUAUCAGUAAAAAACGCUAUGCCGGAUUAUAUUGGACGAAUCCCGAAAAGUACGAUAAAUUAGACGCCAAGGGUAUUGAGACUGUGCGUCGUGACAACUGUCGUUUGGUGCAAAAUGUGAUUGAGACAUGUCUUCACAAACUCUUGAUUGACCGAGACGUGAACGGAGCGCAAGAGUUUGUCAAACAAACGAUUGCUGAUCUUUUGCAAAACAAGGUGGAUCUGUCACAGUUGGUGAUUACAAAAGCUUUAUCCAAAACGGACUAUGCUGCUAAGCAAGCCCAUGUGGAACUUGCCGAACGUAUGCGACGACGUGACGCCGGUUCCGCUCCAGCACUAGGCGAUCGUGUCGCCUAUGUGAUCAUUCGCGCAAGCAGUAACACUCCGGCCUACGAACGAUCGGAAGAUCCCAUCUACGUGCUGGAAAAUAAUAUCCCCAUUGAUACAAGAUAUUACUUGGAAAAUCAACUGUCCAAACCUUUGAUCCGUAUUUUCGAGCCUAUCCUUGGUGACAAUGCCCAUUCUUUAUUAUCGGGAGCCCAUACACGAACUGUGAAUAUCGCCACUCCCAAUACGGGUGGUUUAAUGAAAUUUGCGGUGAAAAGUGCCACAUGUCUGGGUUGUAAAGCACCGUUGCCCAAGGGCGAUAAUUCGGCGGUUUGUAAGCACUGUCGCCCGCGAUUAAGCGAGUUGUAUAUCAAACAGGUUUCCACGGUGAAUGACUUGGAAGUCAAAUUCUCGCGCCUUUGGACCCAAUGCCAGCGGUGUCAAGAGUCGCUGCAUCAGGACGUUAUUUGCACGAACAACGACUGUCCAAUCUUUUAUAUGCGUAAAAAGGUACAGAAAGAUAUGCAAGACGCGUCAUCACGUCUUGAACGUUUUUCGUACGACUGGUAG